AUAUAGAUAAAUUUUUAAUACAAGAUUAUGAAACUUCGUGUGAUAAUGUUGGUAACAUAUUAGUAAUAGUAAAAGAGGAAAUAGUUCAUAAUUCUAAAUCAAUAAUGGGAGGAUUUUCACCACAACUCUUUAUAAUUCAUCCAGAAGAAUCUAAUAUGGAAAUUACGCUAAUUAGCAGAACACGAAAAGAUGCUAAAUAG